UCAGUGUAACUGAAAUCUUCUUGAUUAAGUAUUGUAUAGGGAAUGUUGCUAUCCAAAGAGGAAAAUUAGAACAGUGAAAUUAAUUAGAAUAAUAGGGAAGUGCAUAGGCUGAUCUUCAAGUCAAUUUAUAACCAUUCAUUUUGGGAUUUGGGCUGUUUUGAUAGGGACUAUGAAUAUAAUGUUUUAAGUUUCAUUUCUUGGCAGUGACAUAAUUUCAGUGGACUGUCAUUAUAAUAAGAUCACUGCCUUUUCGUGGUUAGGAGCAUUUUCUAAACGAAGGAAAAGGUUAAUUCUAAAGGUAGAAAUAAAGUCUUAAGAGAGGGUAUAAAGACGGUAAAAAGUACAAAGAAAUGAAGGUGCCAAAUUUGAGUAGAAAUUAGACAAUAAUAUUGUUUGAAAAUAUCAUAAGAAAGAAAAUCAAAUUACAAGGGCUGCAAAUUUCAAAAACUCUCUUUUUCUCACUUUCCAAACUCAAAACCUAUUUCAGUUUUCCAACAGUUCUCCAUAUACCUAGCUAGCUAUAGGUAUUCUUCACUUUCACCUUCAUGUCCAAGGAUCACCAUGAAAAUAUCCUGCAAGAAAGUCUACAAAAGCUUGAGCAACAACAACAACAAGAACAAAAAGAAGAAGAAGGAGGAGGGCAUGAAAAAGAUGGAAAAGGAGGAGGAGAAGAAGAGGAAGGUGCUUCUUCAAGGAAAGAUGGUGAAGAAGAGUGCAAAACACCGACUUCGAGUGAUCACAAAAUACCAACCAUUCAAAGCUGCCCACCGACACCCAAGAAGAAAGUUAGGGUAAAUUCCCACAAGAGGAAAUUAUCGGAGUUGCAGUUCUUUGAAACUACAAGAAGCGAAGAGGUAGAGUCGUUUUUUCGAUCAAACUCUGAGCCAUUUACUGUUGAGUCUCGUAGUAGCAAGAGGAGAUGUAGGAGUGCCUGAUGAAAGCAAUCUCUCUGAUCAUAUCAUCUCGCCAUGUAAAUUUUCCAUGUCGAAAUUUUCUUGGGGUUACUUACCCUUCAUAUUUUCUUCAUCAAAUUUUCUUGUUUUUAGUAUUCCUCAUGUAUGAUCGAUGCAUAUGAUACGAUCAAAGUUAGCUUGACUUAUCUCAGGGAAAAAAAGGGUUGUCAAUUAAGAGUACUAUUUGUUGGAAAUAUGUGACAAAAAAGUAAUUAUAAUUCAAGGUGGCUUGCUUCACUUUCAUGUGAACUCUUCUAUUUUGCAAGUUACUAAAAUCCUGAUCCUUUAUUCAUUUAUGGCUACAUUUUAUUGCAUGUAAAUUUCACAAAUGCUAUUGGUACUUGGUAGGAUAAAUUUAAGAAAAACUUCUUAUAGUUGUUUUGUACUAAUGCAUUAUUUGAAAGAAGAAAGUGUAGCACAAAGCCUAUUAAGGACAAGCUGUUUUGCCAUCUUUAUGCCCAAUAUUCUGUCAUGAUUAUUGGUAUGAUCGGCCCAUGUUAUCAAAUUGUUUUUGUGUAAAUUUUGUGUAUAUCUUUUAUAUUUUUUUCAAAAUACUUUAGAACAAGUUAAUCCCAUAUCAGUAGAUUACAUUAUUUUAAACCCCAGAGAGUUGAAUUUCAAUUUUGUUUUUGUAAGCAAUCGAGAAUGAGCAUGUGGUGUGGCCUUCCUUUACGUGUCCAAUAUUUCCUCACUUCUCAAAUUUGUUCACAAGACUACGGACACACACCAUCCCAAUGUCUGUCUCCAUGCUCUCUUAUGCCCAUGCACUGCCAAAACAAUAUAUUAUAUUAUUAUUCAAGAAUCUCUAUCAACGAAGUUGCUAAUUGCUCAAUAUCUAACAUUCUUCCUGUGAAGAACUAUAGAUUCAGUUCUCAUAAUUCUAUCAUAAAAAACCAAUCGUAAAAAUUUCACUGU